UUAUUAGCAGUUCAAUGAAUUUUUAAGCUGAACAAAUCUAUGCUACUUUUGUCUAUAGCUAGAGGUCAAUUUAAAAAUAAAGAUAAUGAUUCUAAAAAACAUGUCAAGGAGUUAAAACCGAAAACAUCAAUAUUAUUGUGUUUGAGUGGUUUAAACCUGAAGUAUGAAAAAAAGAAGCUUUUUACAUCUAUUUAUCUUUCCCAAUGAGGGAUAAGCCUCAAAUAAUAACACUACAUUCGUAUUUUAUCUUGACAUCUUGAUAACCAAAAGCAAUUCCCCUCUCAUUGAUUUCUUAAACACUUUCUCCUAUUGACAGCGUCUUGUAUUAUUUCUGCAUUUGCUUGGGAAAAUUGGUUUUUAACAAUGAGAUCAAUUAUGGAGACAUGUUAACUGGAGGGGAGGACUUUGAUAUUUAUGUUCUAUAUAAUAUAUAUACAUGCAUGAAUGGCUUGGUCUGACCCGAGACAAAGGGUCCUUUAAAUUUUUGUGUACUUGCCGUUCAGUCAUUAGCUCUUUUGCAAAUGGAGUGAAAGGUUUGUAUAGCAUUCAAUGUCAAGAUCUGAUUGGAUUUGUUAGCAGUAAUGUGCACGUUCUGUAGCAUAUAAACCUCAGGGGAGAAAUAUCAUUCUGACUUAUGAAAUUAUAACUCUGAUGAUCAGGUUGUGUAAUGUGAAGAUUUCGGGGACUCGGACAAUUUGUGUAGUGGUACUUUAGCCAUGUCAUGGACUGGUUCAGGGACCCCUAUCCAAAGUAAUGUACCAGAUUAUCAGAAGAUGCUCCAGAGUAAUCUUCUAUCAACAGGAUGGAGCAGCAGAGGAAGUUCAGACAGAUACAACAGUUACUCCCACUCCCAGAGUCCACUCUCCCCCACCCCCCAGGACGGCCUACCCAAUGGUCUGCCUUACUCAGACACCACUCGCCGGCCUCACUACCAGUCAUACCGACCAUCCAAUUAUGGAAUUUCUGAACCUUCAUAUUUAGAUAAAGACUUCAAGGAAUUGUCAGCGGAGGACACUUAUACUUACCCAAAGUAUGACAGUACAAUUAGUAAAGACCCUCUAGAAAGGCCUCGCUAUGACAGUAAGGGUUCACUAGACCGUCCUAGUAAAUAUGAACCAUCAAAUGAUUUGUACCAAAGAAAAUACUCCAGUUAUUCUGCCUCUCGAGGGGACGAUAUCGACGGUCCGAUCGAGGACACAAACUGGGCCUCGCCCCCAAAAUCGACCCCCACCGAUGUUCCCAGCUCUUUAUAUGCGCCCCCUGUGAGAUCUCGGACAUCUGUGACAGAUGCACCUGAUUUUAUUAGGGAAAGAAAGUCUUCCACGUUAUACGAAGACAAGUAUUAUUCGGACAAUGACGCUGUGUCUGGUGGCUCCAAAACGCGGUCCAGGUAUGGCAGUGAUCUAAAGUACAUGUCUGGUGACCUCAGACAAUGGCAGAGGGGCCAUCUGGAUUCUUACGGUGAAACUAACUCGCCAAGCUCACAGAUCUGGCCAAGUAUUUCUAGUACAUAUCACACAUCAUCAUAUUCCCCCUACCGGACCUAUAGCACAGACUUUCGAUACAGUAGAACUCCAAAGGCUGCAGAAACAAAUGGAGGCCUGGACUCUCUGUUGAAGCACAUUGACGAUAAUCCCCGAAAAUGGACGUCGGUCAGCAAGGCAGCCGAUGACAUUCACAAAGAAAAGGACUCCCUCAUUGAAAAAUUAAAGAUGCAGGUCAUGAGAUUGGAGGAGGAUAAUAAACAAUAUGAGGGGAAACUGAAGAGAGCUGUAUUAAAUGGAGAGGGGGGAGAUGGCGAGUCCUACAAACAAAUACAGGAGCUUGAGUUGAAGAAUGCUCAACUUAAAGCAGAGAAUGCAGAAAUAAGAACCAAGAAAAAUGCUGAGCUGGAUGAGCUAGAGAUGAAACUUGGGGCCACAGAACAGGAGGUGGACCAGUUGAGAGCUGCCCUGAGGAAGAGAGGCUCAGGGCCUGAGUACUCGGACGCACAGUUCUAUGAGUUGGAGAGAGAGAAGGAGGACUGGAAGAGGAAGUACCUGGAGAUGUUUGACAACCACGGACAGAUGAAGGAGAAACUGGACGAGUUACAGAGCUACCUGUCCGCCCUACCCACAGUGGAGGAGAGCCUCAAAAACGUCCAGGAACUUCAUAGUUUGCAUGAGAAAACUCAGUUCCAGGAGAGCCGCAUUGAAGAACUUCAGCAACGACUGUACCAGGGCAAGAAAGCCCUGACUUCUCGGGAAGUCCAGAUACAGGAACUAGAACACAAGGAGAAGAGGUUAGCCGGUCAGGUUGCUGUGGUAACAGAGGAGAUAGACAGGAUCAAGUCUGAGGGUGAGGGAGCAGAACUCCAGAAAUGUGAGGACCAGUUACAGAGAGUCAAACUCGAGAAUGAGCGCCUAGCUGUCGACCUUGACAAGGCCAAAAAGCUUUUGGAAACUAGCUACAGGAAGUUGAGACAUUCAGAGGUCAAGAGUCAGAACGAGAUGAAACAGCUACAGGAGAGACUGACCCACGAAGAGGAGUCAGUGGAGGCCCUCCGAGGGGACUGUCGGAUGAAGGAGGAGACCAUGAAAAAAUUAAAACGCUCAAUGAAAGAGAUGGGGAGUAAAAAUCAGGACUUGAUGGAGCAGAUUCUGAUCAUAAGAGAGCAGCUUAAAACAUUGGAGGAACAAAUGGCGGACGAGAACCAGAAGAUUCAGAGACAGUUCACACAGGAGCUCAGCAUGUGUUACCAUGAGUUACAGUCCCUGGUCCAAGUGUGUGUUCAACGGGCGGAGGGCAACGACCCCAAUAUGUCACUGCUCCUUGGGGUCAGAGCUCCAUCUGAGUUAGAGUCAGGCCAAGCAAACAAAGACCAGGAGGCCCAUACACUGAAACAGUGGCUAGGGAAAGUGAAGGAACUGAGGGCAGAGAUUGAGGGCCUACGGGGCCUAAUCUGUAACAAGUACGCAGAGGACCUCGGGGAUAACAUGAACUGUGUUACCCAGUGAAAUCCUCGAGAUUUCCGGGAAAUUCCUUUUGUGAGGGACCUUGGGAAUAACAUGAAAUGUGUCACCAAACAAAGUCCAUGGAACUCCUUGUAAACAGCUUGUCUGUGAGAACCUCAGAGAUAGCAUGAACAGUGUCACCCAAUGAAAUCCAUGGAAUUCCUGAGAAACACCUUGUCAAAAAGGAAUCUCGGGAUAACGUAAUAUUUACCCAAAGAAAUCCAUAGAAUACCUGGGAAAUACCUAGUUUAACAUGAACUGUGUCAGCCAAUGAAAUCCAUCAUUUAGAUUUCCAAGGAUACACCAUACCUUGGAGGAUCUUGCUGAAUAUGUUAAAUUUAAGGCUACUGAUAAGGCUGAACACAUUUUUAUGUUCUGGAAAUAUCUGGUAGGUUUCUUUUAAUGUUCAUGAAAUCUGAAUGCCAGAGAAUUGCCUUUGAAUGGAAAUACAAAAAAAGAUGAUUAACUUCUUUUAUGAUAAAAGUACUGUAAUAUGUUUCGCGGGUGAGUUUAAGGAUUAAGUUAGUGUGAACAUAUCUGUACUAUGUACAUAAAAAAACCAUGUUCAUAUUUCAACAAGGUUGAGAUCAUGGGUGCAGUUAUGCCCCUUUAAUCUCCAGUUUGCUAGUCUGUAAAUCUGUCUCGCAAAUUUUUUGUAAAUGUUUUUUUGUUAAGUUAUGCUGAAUUUGGCUCCAUUCACAUUGCCAGUUUCUUCAAAAUGUUCAAAAUAAAAGGGUAUUGGUUGGUUAUACAUUUUUGAGAUUGUGUAUUUAACAGUGAUAUUGAAGGUUUUCAUUUGUGCAUAGUUAAAAAAAAAUAUAUCUUUUGCAUAUAGGUAAUGUGUAUUGCAUCACGUUUGAGUUUAUUCUGAUUGUAAUAUAACCAUUUUUAUGAAAAGAAAGGCAGCAUGAAUAUCAUAUUCAUAUCAAACUUCUAAGUAACAUAACUAAUUUAACUAAAUUGAAUUUUUUUUGAAAAUUCAGUCUCUAGGAAAUAAACACCACAAAAAAGUACUGUCAUAGAUUAUGAAAUUUUAAACUUAUGAAACAAAAAUUAUUUCAGUGUAAGAUGGUUUUGCAAAUAUGAUUAAGAAAAAAAACAAAUUAGUAAAUUUUUAUUUUUGAAGAAAAGUUGUCAUGAAUGUGUGAUAUUUGUCCAAAAAGGCCUUCACUUGAAUUAUAUGAUUUUAUUUGAUGAAAUUGAGUUAUCAAUACAUGUAAUAGCUAUGAACUUUCUGAUGGUAUGUGGAUACAAUCAUAUCAUUCUGUAUUGCCAAAUCCCACGAGAUUUACACACAGGUGCCAUAAACUUGUAGAUCACUUAAUAGAGAAACAUGAAUCUGUCAUGAAAGAGAGUUUUGUCAGAGGGUUUGAUUGUUGUGUGAAUGUUGAUAGAAAAUUAAGCAUACAUUGUGAUUAAAUGGUUGUACUGAGAGAAUUUUAAAAUCAAAAUGUGCAUGUGUAUGUUUGGUAAGAAUUAUUUGUUGUAAGUUGUAUGUCAUGAAUUCUCAGUUUUUAUUUCAACUUUUUAUUAUUAACUUAAACUAUUGUUGAUUAUAUGUACUGUUGAUAGGUAACGAAAUGCUACGAUUUUAUAUCUUUGUUGAUAGAUUUGAAGCUGAGUAAAGUAUUUCAUAGCUGAUCUUCAUGAAGCAGAUC